CACACAGUCUCACCCGGUUCUCAUGAUGUGUCAAAUUCAGAUCAUAAUAAUGCAUAGGUCAUAUCAGUUUCCACAGCCAUAUUUCAGGGAUCACCUCAUCAUUGCAGCCCCCUCCAGGGACUAUAUAGGGAUCUGCUGAGCGGUGGAGAUCCUCCUGAGUCCUGCAGAUUGGAUAUGCAUUCAAUUUAGCUUAAAGCAUCCCGAUUUGGUGGUAAAGAUGUUUUUCUCCCCAGCCCGUGGUCUCAUCCUUCUACUGCUCUUGAACAUUGCUGAUGCUGGGCGGAUUCUGAGGAAGAUCAAGGAGCGCGUGCGUGAUCUCCAGCUGCAGAAAGCCAAGCAGCAUCUCCUGAUGCGCACAGAAAGCGGUCAUCAGCCUCUCCAACGUGUGAAGGAGGGAAGGAUUCACCAGAAGCUGGACCACUUCAGCCGACAAGACGUUAGCACCUUCCCUCAGAGGUUCUUUGUGAACGAGGCAUACUGGCAUUGUCCUGAUGGUCCAGUAUUCCUCUUCAUCGGAGGCGAAGGGCCCAUCUUUGAGUUUGAUGUUCUGGCAGGUCACCAUGUGGACAUGGCUGAAGAGCACGGGGCUCUGCUAUUGGCUCUGGAGCAUCGUUUCUAUGGUGACAGCAUCAACCCUGACGGCCUGAAAACGGAGAACCUGGCAGACCUGAGCAGCCAGCAGGCGCUUGUUGACUUGGCUGUAUUCCACCAGUACAUCAGCCAAAGCUUCAAUCUGAGCCACAAGAACACCUGGAUCAGCUUUGGAGGCUCGUACUCUGGAGCUCUGUCCGCCUGGUUCAGAGGAAAGUUUCCCCAUCUGGUGUACGGAGCCGUGGCCUCCUCUGCUCCUGUAAAGGCGAAGCUGGACUUCUCUGCUUACAGCAAUACUGUUGGCUUGAGUCUCGCGAAUGAAGCAGUUGGUGGCUCAGAAAAGUGUCUAGCUGGUGUGCGAAAAGCCUUUGCUGCUGUGGAAGCAGCACUGAUGAGUGGUAAUGCCAGCCAGGUGGCAAUGGACUUUGACUGCUGUCACAUCCCCAAGGAUCUUAAUGAUCAGAUUGAGCUGAUGCAAAACUUGGCCGACAUCCUCAUGGGAACAGUGCAGUACAAUGAAGAAGGGGUGCUCAUGUCUAUUAAUGAGAUCUGUGGUAUUAUGACCAAUAAGAGCGAGCCAUUUGAGAAGGAGAUGGAGGCUUACAACCGCCUUGUUAAACUUGCACAGAUCUACCAUUCUACCAGUGAGGAACCAUGUCUGGAUAUCUCCCAUGAGAAAACAGUGAAAGAUCUGAUGGAUACGUCUCUCCACUCAGGCAGAAGAGCAGAGAGACAGUGGACCUACCAGACCUGCACCGAGUUUGGCUUCUGUACUACACACGCACACACACAUGCACCAACAUAUAGUCAACCUUCAUUCUACCCAAGCCUUGACACUUUUUCUCUCUCUCUCUCUCUCUCUGUGUAUGUGUGUGUGUGUGUGUGUGUGUGUGUGUGUGUGUCUGUGUGUGAAGACCAGACUUGUGAGGAUGCCACUUGUCCAUUCUCUGGGAUGGUGACUCUGCAGACCGAGACUGAAGUCUGUCCCAUAGUGUUUGGCAUUUCCCAGCAUUCCCUGCCUGGACGCAUUGCCUUUACGAACACUUACUAUGGAGGAAACAACCCACACACCCACAGGGUCCUCUAUGUCAAUGGUGGAAUUGACCCAUGGAAGGAGCUGUCAGUGGUGGAGGACAGGACUCGGGACGGAGGAGAAGCCCAGACUAUAUUUAUCAAGGACACUGCUCACUGUGCUGAUAUGAUGAGUGGAAGAGCCACAGACCGCUGUUCACUCAAAAAAGCCAGAGAGGAGAUUGAGAAACAUGUGAGCAAUUGGCUGAAGAUGGCUGCCCAGGAGAGGAUGGAGAAAAGAGCAGUCUGAUCAGAUCACAUUACAACCUGAUCAGCUCUUAUCACUGUUCCCUGAAACUGAUAAGAAAGCUGUUAAUAAGCUUGUGUGCCUGGCUGCUCUGCUUCAUCAUCGUCCACAUUUUCUUCCAUUUCCUCCCCUCCUGUUUUCCUCCUCCUUACUGUCCAUCCAAAUCUAUCUCACAGCACUGCGCUUCCUCUGUGUGUUUGUGCAGUUUUUUGUGCAGUGUAGAGCAAGUUUCAGCAUUUAAGGAUUUUUUGUGUACCUUUACGGAUGUUUUUCCUGUUUUUAAUGUUACUUUUAAUUUGGGAAAUUUCUUAGUUAUCUUAUAUUUGAUAUUUAUGUAGAAUGUAAAGCUACAUUGUGUUUAUGCUUAUAAUUACAAUCAUUUAAUGGCUGUUUCCUACAUAUUAGCUUUUGUGUGUCCAGUAAAAGUAGUUUGGCUGUGGUUUGUUUUUACAAUAUUCAGCAGCUCCCAUAACCUUGUAGUAUCACUAGGGUGCGAUAUUGCUACAUGUGUGUCAAACCCGUUUCUUUCUCCUCAGGAAGCAGAACUCGGAAUAGUUUUCCUCACUAAUGUUUAUCUGUUUGUCUCAAUAAAAGGCUGCAAAUGUCUUGAUUUUGAA